UCCCAGUGCAGGGCUUCAAAGAUCAAACCACAGCUUGCAAUCGUAGCUUACAUUCAUAACAGAACGAGAAACCGAGACGGAAAACCUGAAUGGUGAGCCACUGCUGCGACCUCUUAGCCAUCUGACGUACCUUCUACCGCUGGUAUAAAUUAAUUCACUUCGUCACCAGUCGUCAAUGAUUCACAGAACUAGUAAAGUGCAGUUGCGUGUUGCCGAGACUUCAGAUCAUCAUGACUCCUUUAUAUGAUGGAGUAGUGCUGGAGAUUGUUGAUACUGCUAAGGACUGAGUUCUCCCCGUCGUCCGCUAUCCAAUGCUUUUUUUUCGAAAUGGAAAAUAUAAGCAACACCACGUAUUCAGACCGUCCUAUCCAGAAUGAAAACAAUACAAUACCUGAAGUGGCACUAAGUUACCAGAUCAUUACUUCAUUGUUUCUGGGGGCCCUCAUUCUGUGUGCUAUAUUUGGGAAUGCCUGUGUGGUCGCCGCUAUUGCUUUAGAAAGAUCUCUCCAAAAUGUAGCAAACUACUUGAUCGGGUCAUUGGCUGUCACGGAUCUAAUGGUUUCGGUGCUUGUGCUACCUAUGGCUGCUCUUUAUCAAGUUUUAAACAAGUGGACACUCGGACAGGUAACUUGUGACAUUUUCAUUUCUUUAGAUGUAUUGUGUUGUACGUCGUCUAUACUUCAUUUGUGCGCAAUUGCUUUGGACAGGUACUGGGCGAUUACUGACCCCAUAGACUACGUAAAUAAAAGAACUCCCAGACGAGCCGCUAUUUUAAUUAGCCUUACUUGGUUAAUAGGCUUUUUAAUAUCUAUCCCACCGAUGCUAGGCUGGAGAACUCCAGAAGACAGGGCUGAUCCCGAUGCCUGCACAAUAAGCCAAGAUCAUGGGUAUACCAUCUAUUCCACUUUCGGCGCAUUUUACAUUCCUCUUAUACUCAUGUUGGUACUUUACGGGCGGAUAUUUAAAGCAGCCAGAUUCAGAAUACGAAAAACAGUAAAAAAGACGGAGAAAAAGAAAGUAUCCGACAGGUGCUUAACAGUAUCCCCGGCUAUCUUUCCUAAAAAAAACAACGGAGAAACAAGCAAAAACUGGAAGCGCAGUGUGGAACCUAAACCAGAUUUCUGCACUAAUGGAGCAGUGAGGCACGGAGAGGACGGGGCAGCACUAGAAAUAAUAGAAGUUCACCAUAACAACUCGAAAAAUCAUCUCCCUCUGCCUAAUACCCCGACAGCCUCGUUUUUCGAGAACAGAAACGAAAAGAACACAGAGGCAAAGAAAAAGAUGGCUUUAGCCAGAGAGCGCAAAACGGUAAAGACGCUUGGAAUCAUUAUGGGAACGUUUAUCUUUUGUUGGUUGCCCUUUUUUAUUGUGGCCCUUGUGUUACCAUUUUGCGAAGAGAAAUGCUAUAUGCCAGAAUGGCUCGGGGCUGUGAUCAACUGGCUUGGUUACUCAAAUUCUCUUUUAAACCCGAUCAUCUACGCCUACUUUAAUAAAGAUUUCCAAAGUGCUUUCAAGAAAAUUAUAAAAUGCAAGUUUUGCAGACCAUAAAACGUGAUUCUUCAUUUUUGCACGGUACAGCUGGUGACUUCUUUCCUUGUAGUUUCCAAACGACUGCACUUGCGUUUUUCAUUUAAGGAAUGCAAAGCGAAUUGAAACUGAUAACGCUGUAUUUUCUUUUUUUUCCCUUAUUUCAUGAAGUGUUGUUUUAUCAAUGCAGUAAUUCUGAUAUGAAAACUAAGAGACAAGAGCUUCAUAGACAAAUUGCCACAUGCCUACUUUGAGGCAUAAAUACAAUAUAGAGUACAUCAGUAAGAAUAAACAACCAAAAUAAUG